AUGAUUGUCCUUCACUGGUUAGCAGGACCGGCUACUCGUUGGAAAACAUUUGUAGCCAAUAGGGUAACAAAAAUACGGGAUCUCAUUCCUAAUGCACAAUGGCUUCACAUUCCUUCUAAUCAAAAUGCAGCCGAUUGUGUUUCCCGAGGUCUACGACCUAAGGAAUUUAUCCAACAUAAGAAUUGGUUGUUUGGGCCGGAUUGGUUAAAUGGUCCUAUAUCAACUUGGCCUGCAAAAACGGUUGAACCUUCCGGAGAUAUUGAUCAAGAAAGAAAAGCUAACGUUCUAAUAGUAAAGAGUGUCAUACCACCGAUCAAUCCUUUAUAUGAAUUAACGCAAAAAUUUUCUAAUUGGUGCAAGCUUGUAAGAAUUUUCGCUUAUAUAUUGAAGUUUUGUAAAAUUAUAACAAAUCGAAACCGACUUUUGACUUCAGAUUUGAAACAAGCCGAGGUAAUUAUUAUUCGUUUAGUCCAAGAGCAUCAUUUUCCCGAAGAAUUCAAACUAUUAACGAACGGAAAGUCUUGUUCGAAGAAGUUUUGCCGACUAAAUUUGGUUUUGGAUUCUAAUAAUUGUUUACGCGUUAAAGGUAGAUUAGGAUUAACAACUAAUAACAAUCCACUUCCUUUGCCAAAAAAAGACCAAGUAGUAAAUUGUCUUAUAGAUUACUACCAUAUUAAUAAUUUACAUACUGGAUCAAACUUAGUAUUAUCUUUAUUGAGGCAAAAAUAUUGGAUCUUGUCGGCUCGUGCAAUAAUUCGUAAUCGUCCUCACAAGUGUAUAACUUGUUUUCGACAGAAUCCGAAACCCCUUUUUCCAUUAAUGGGCGACUUACCAGUACCGCGCAUAACAGCCAGUAGAGCUUUCCUAAACGUCGGCGUUGAUUAUGCAGGCCCCUUCAAUAUCUCCAUGAGUCGUCACAGAGGCGCUCGAACCUACAAGGCUUAUAUAUGCUUGUUCAUCUGUUUAGCCACUAAGGCGAUACAUCUCGAAUUAGCUUCAGAUUUAACAAGCGAUACAUUUUUAGAUUGCUUGAAACGAUUCCUAGCCCAGCGUGGUCCUAUUAAAUGUAUUUACUCCGAUUGUGGAACCAAUUUUAUAGGAGCCAAAAAUACUCUUGAUUCCUUAUUCCUCCUCCUAAAUUCCGAAGAGUAUAAAAAGCGUUUCAAUGAAUUAUUGGUUUUGCAUGAUAUUCAAUGGAAAUUUAAUCCACCGUUUGCCCCACAUUUUGGAGGUAUAUGGGAGGCGAAUAUUAAAUCAGUGAAGACCCAUUUGUUUAAAGUUAGUUUUAAAGCGCACUUUUUAAUGCAAGAGCCUCUGUCGGAUUUGCCCGUUGACUAUGAAAACUUGAAUUUGACUAAAAGAAAACAAUUGUUAGAUCAUAUUGUCGCUUCUUACUGGAAGCGAUGGAAUGUGGAAUAUCUAACCGAGCUACAGGUCCGACAGAAAUGGAAUACAGUCACUAAUCUUAUUGAAAAGGGUGAUUUGGUAGUUGUAAAACAAGAGAAUGCGCGUCCGCUUCAUUGGGGGUUGGGAAAGAGUUGA